CCGCUGCCGCCGCCACCGCCGCCGCCUCCGCUGCCGCCUUCGAGGAUGCUCGGGCAGCCGGAGCGCUCACCUCAGCUGCACCGGCCCCAACGGCCGCCAGGGGGCUGCGGCACGCCGGGUAACGGAGCUCCCCGCCCUCAGCGCGGCCAAUCACGUGUGUCGGCACGGAGCAUGCCGGGAGCUGUAGUUCCCCGCUCUGGCGCGGCCGCGGGGCACGCUGGGAAAUGGAGUCGCGGCACCGCGCCGCACAACGGGCGUCUCCCUCAGCGAAACUACGACACCCAUCGGCCCCCGCGCGCCGCUCCCUCCGCGCUACGGAAGCCGCGCUGCCGGCACCUGGAGCGGGUCGCGGCGCCGAGGACAGCGAUGGCGGCCGCACCGCCGCCUUCCACGCCGGGCGGUUCGCAGCCGCCGCCGCCUCUGCAGUACAGCGCUCUACUGCAGCACCUGGUGGGCGAGCAGCGACGGCCCCGAGUGUGGGACCCCAACACCUUCGGGGGCAUUCCCAGCCCGCCCAAGAGCAAGGAGCAGAAGAUGGUGGAGAGGGCCAUGGAGAGCUGCGCCUUCAAAGCGGCGUUGGCCUGCGUGGGGGGGUUUGUUCUCGGAGGAGCAUUUGGGAUCUUCACUGCUGGCAUCGACACCAACGUGGGCUUCGACCCCAAGGACCCCUAUCGCACCCCGACUGCCAAGGAGGUGCUGAAGGACAUGGGGCAGCGCGGCAUUUCCUAUGCCAAGAACUUUGCCAUCGUGGGCGCCAUGUUCUCCUGCACCGAGUGCGUGGUGGAAUCAUAUCGUGGAAAGUCAGACUGGAGGAACAGUGUUAUUAGUGGCUGCAUCACGGGAGGAGCAAUCGGCUUCAGAGCUGGUAUGAAGGCAGGGGUGAUCGGCUGUGGUGGAUUUGCUGCUUUUUCCGCAGCAAUUGAUUACUAUCUACGGUAACAGCAGGAUCCCUUGGGAGCAAGUUUUCCUUGCGUUCCAGUGCUGCUGCUCAGAGCCUGCAUCACGGCAGAAGAACCAUCAGGCUUACCUUUCCACUGCCUUGGAGUCCUGAUCAGUGCAAGCUGGAUGAUGCUGGCUGCUUUUCCUGAAUGACUAACAAUUAUCUGGCUGCGAGCCUUGGCAUGCUGCUUCAGGCAGGCCUGCAGGAAUGUGCAAGGAUGGAGCCAGGCACAGGGAGCAGUAUCACCAGUACAGAUCAGCUGACUGUCAGUUUCCAGGAAACAAGCCUGGACUCUGAGCUUUCUGGAUCCUUUGGGUCUGAUUUUGAUUAAGUCUGUUGCUAGCAUCAAAAGAGGCAGGAGAACAAUCAAGAAAUGCAGUGGUUUAUGUUACCGUGUGUUUGAAUAUUCUGCAAGUGUUUAGCAGCUCCUGGUUUGCAGCUUGCUGCUCUGUUGGGGAGAGGUAAGAUCCUGUGGAGAAAUAGUUUGUUCCAGGCUUUUCUUAAAAUAUCAACUGAAGACAAACCACCAUCUGUACAACUUGUCUUAUUUCAAGUACGGAACGAAUGCCAGAUUUCUUUACCAUUUCUUAAAGGGGAAAGCAAAAAGGAAUCCUGUGCCUUAGAACCAUGUGGUUCCUGGCAGAUGAACAAAACAGUUUAAGGGUAAAAAAGAGGUUGUUGCAGAUGUAUAAUUCUCUGUAGCCAUUUGGCUCGCCUGAUUUAACCUCGCCCUGGGAGUACAAGCAGUUCUGCUACUGCUUUAUACUGCCACAGGCUCACACCCUCAGUUCCAGCAGUUUGAUGGCUGGACUUAAAGCAGAGUUGUGAGAAUAAAGACAGAUAACAAGGCGUUCACUUAU